AUGUACUUGCCCCAUGACACCCUCCUGCUGCCAAAAACUCACAUGAAGCGGAUUCCAGCUCAUGGACGCCAGACAGCCAAGACUCCUACCCCUUCUGCUUUAAAGAGCUCAGUUUUCAGAGGACAGGGGCUCGGUUACAGCCGAACACGGCGUGGGCAGGCUUCGCACUCCCCGGUAACCGCGGCCGGGGUGGGUGUGACAGGCGGGCGAGGCACGCGCAGGGCAGCCGCCGCUCCUGUGCCGGGGGACGGACAGAUCCUUGCAGCCGAGCGCUCUGGCAGCUACGGUACAAAGAGCCAGGCUACGAAUAUCCCCCUGACUGGCGCGUUUCUGGGGGAGCGGACACUAGGCCGAGCUUUGCCCUCGCUCACCCGGGAGGAUGUGAUCGGGCCUCUCGGACGCGGCUGCUGCCCCGGGAAUAGUGAUUUCACUUACCCUUCGGUUUUGCGGCGCGCAGCCCGGGCCAAGCCAGACACCGGCCGGGACAAAGCUCCCAGCUCCACGCCAGGGGCUCCGAGUCCCUCCCCACCGAGCCGGCGCGGCGGGCAGAGCGGGGUCCGGGGCGGGCAGACAGGGCUGCUACCGCCGGUCCGCGGCGCGUCGCGCCAGCCUGGGCUCAGCUCGGCGCCGCUGGAGCCGAGAGCCCCAAGCGACACGGGCCUGACUGCGAGACGGCGCCCGGCGGAGCUUCCUCCUCUCGCCCCCAGAGACCAGCGUGUCCGCAGGGCACGGCCCGCGCCCCCCGCCUGGGCCGCCGAGCCCCCAGCAGCCCGGCAAGAGGCGCUGCUCCCCGCCUGCCCCACGCUCAGGGCUCCGCACAGCGCCCGCCGCCGGGAUCGGCCCCGCGGUGCCCGGGGCAGCUCGCCAAGGGAGACCAUCGCAGUGGAGCGCCGGAGCUCCCCGGCCAGCCCCUACACGCGGCGCUGCGGCGGCCACCAGCCCGGCUCCCGCGGGCUUUGGCUUGCAGCGAGCCCGGAGCAGCCGCCGUGCGGGCGAGUCCGCAUCUCCCUGCCCGCCGCGCUGCUGAGCCCGUUCUUGUGCUACAGGUAACCCACCAGCAGCAAAUGAAUCCCACCAGCCGCGACAGAGUACGCUUACAGAGUUUCAGGGUCGCUUCAAGCCAAUGGAUCAAACAAAGUACAACAGGCUAACCAAUGCUAUUGCAAAGUGGAUAGCUAUCACUGCAGACCACUCAACGUUGUAAAUUACAGAGGGCUAAGAGACGUUAUUCAAAUUGCAUCUUCCAAUCAGUCAUAUACUUUGCUCUCUGGAGGAGCAUUGCAUCAGGACCUGUAUCACAACGAGAAAACUACGAAGUUGGAGCUUCUGAAAAAUGCACGAGCUGUUGCUUUGACUGGUGAUCACUGGACAUCCAUGAGCCAUCACAGCUAUCCUGGAGUCACAGCACACCUGAUCGCUGCUGCACGGACACUGCAGUUGUUUGCUUUCACAGGAACACAUAAAACUGCGAUUAAUCGCAACUAUUUUUAAAAUCUA